CAAAACAAACUUUAAAACUCUAUUUAAAUAGAUAAUGUAUACAGGUUGACGCACCGCACAAAUAUUUAAUCACAGGACUAGACGGAAGGUCGAUAUAACAGGGAGACCAUGUUGGAUUUUCAGUGAACUCCUCAUGUGACCCCGGACACCAGAAAUGGACCCGUUCCGCAGAGCCCAGAUUAUCCUAUUGUGUGACCUCUGUAAAACUGCCCACCUACAGAGUCACUGUGAACGUUGUGAUAUAAAUCUAUGCCAGACCUGUGUUGGGAAGCACAUCUCGGAUUCGUCUAUAAGACACAAAGUCGUGCCCUAUAAAUACAGAAAGUCUCUUAACUACUCAAAAUGUCCAGACCACGCCGACGAACUCUGCAAGCAUUACUGUGAGAAAUGCGAUAUUCCAGUCUGUUCUACCUGCGUCUCCUCAAGUAAACACAAAGGUCACGAUACAUCAGAUAUUCUGGAAAAACUCAGCGCUAAAACAGAAAGUUUACAGAAAGAUCUGGACGAACUCGAGACCAGAAUUUACCCGCGAUAUGAAGAAAUGGCUUGCGGUUUGCAAACUGAAAAAGCCGUCUUAGAAACGAAUUACGGGAAACUGACAACAAUUGCCGAUCAACAUGGAGAACUCCUACACCGGGAGGUCACCGCCAUUGUCAACCAGCGGAAAUCCGACAUUCAGGAGAUGAAAAUCAAACACCUAUCUACCCUGAAUAAAAAUACAGAAGAAAUCACACAGAAAAUGGCGGAACUCAAACAGAUCAUGUCCGACUUGAAAUCAAUCCUAAAAUCAAAUGACGUCUCCUUAACCUCUACUCACAAAUCUAGGAAUUCCGAAUUUAGAACAUUACCGCCUAAAGUCCGAGUUAGAGUACCCAGUUUUUCUCCUCAGAAAAUAAAUAAAGAUCAGCUCAAUGAAAUGUUCGGUUCUCUGCCGUCAUUAUCCAUUAACACAGAACAUGGCGACACAAUGAAGUCAGCAGAAGCUGUAUCAUCUCCUCCAGUCAAACCACUGCUUGAUGAGCCGCGCGUCACCGCCGCCAUAGACACUGGGUAUAACAAACUAUACAGUGUUAGCUGUCUGAGUGAAGAUCAAGUCUGGACACGCGGGGAGAACGACACCAUGAAGCUGCUCAACCUCCAGAGUAAACUACUGACAUCAAUACAAACCAAGUCAGGGUACUUACCACAGGACAUAGCAGUGACACGGGACGGAGAUCUUGUUUAUACUGACUAUAGAGAUAAAACUAUAAACUUAAUUAAGAAUAAACAGAUACAGAUCGUGAUCACACUACAGGGGUGGAGACCUCUCCGUGUCUGCUGUACCUCGGCUAACGACCUCCUGGUUACCAUGAACAGUGAUGAUGUCAAACAAUCCAAAGUCGUGCGUUACUCCGGCUCCACAGAGAAACAAAGUAUUCAGUUUGAUGAUCAGGGUCGUCCUCUCUAUAAAUCUGGUGGUGACAUCAGUGAGAACAAGAACCUGGAUAUCUGUGUGGCUGACUGGUACGCUAGAGCAGUAGUGGUGGUCAAUCAGUCAGGAAAACUCCGAUUUAGAUACACUGGUCAUCCCUCUAAUACCGAGCAAUCAUUUUAUCCACGCGGCCUCACUACAGACAGCCAGAGUCACAUCCUGACAGCAGACUUUAACAAUAACCGUAUCCACAUCCUAGAUCAGGACGGACAGUUCCUCCGUUACAUUCACUGUGAUUUAGAACGCCCAUACGGUUUAUGUGUGGACAUCAGAGACAACCUCUUUGUGGCUGAGUGUGACACUGCUAAAGUGAUGAAAAUCCAAUAUCUAUAAAUACAGCGUUAAUUACACAUCUCUACACAGUGUUAAUUACACAGCUCUACAUAAUGUUAAUUACACAGCUCUAAACAGUGUUAAUUACAUGUCUGAAACAUGUUCAUUAAAUAUCUUUACAGUGUGUGUUAAUUACAACAUCAUGUUAAUUGAAUCACUUGUUAAUUACAACCCUGUGUUAAUUACAGUCCUGCGUUAAUUACAGCCCUGUGUUUGUGAUGUGUAAUUAACAUGUACUUCUGCUAGCAAAUUUACUGAAAAUAAGUCAUUCACUGGUGUUUAGUAAAACCUGUAUUAUGUUUAGUAAAACAUCAUUAAUCUUAGUAUACUAAUUACUGAUCCAAAUGUGUUACUAGUUAAUUAUCUAUUUAUUUACAAUCUUUGGUGGACUAAUUUGAUUGUGUUACUAGUUAUCUCUAUACAAUCUUUUGGUGGACUAAUUUGACUGUUACUAGUUAUCUAUAUACAAUCUUUGGUGGACUAAUUUGACUGUGUUACUAGUUAUCUAUAUACAAUCUUUUGUGGACUAAUUUGACUGUGUUACUAGUUAUCUAUAUACAAUCUUUGGUGGACUAAUUUGACUGUGUUACUAGUUAUCUAUAUACAAUCUUUGGUGGACUAAUUUGACUGUGUUACUAGUUAUCUAUAUACAAUCUUUUGUGGACUAAUUUGACUGUGUUACUAGUUAUAUAUAUACAAUCUUUGGUGGACUAAUUUGACUGUGUUACUAGUUGUCUAUCUUAUCAAAUCUUUUAAAGAAACGUGAAUAAUUGUGAAGUACUUAGAGUUUUAUUUUGUUAGUAUUUUGUGUGUAGCCAUGAAUUAUAGUACAUCCACAACACUUACAUAUUAUUUGGAUGUCCUUGUUUUAGUGUGAUAAACUACUAAUUGAACAUUUUUCUUUUUGUUAAUUAUGUAUUUCAAUAUGUGUUAUAAUUGUCAAUGUAUAUAUUAGAUAAACAUGAUACAGAG